GCCCGAAGAUUCUGCCUUCGCAGCAAUUGGGCGCUGCGGUCGCUCCAUGGCCGGGCGCGACUGGCCUCCUGGCCUCUGUUACCGCUGACGAUAUGGCACAUAAAGGUCACAGUGGUGUGAAUCAGCUGGGCGGUGUCUUCGUCGGUGGUCGGCCGCUCCCGGACUCAACGCGACAGAAAAUUGUCGAGUUGGCGCACUCGGGCGCACGUCCCUGUGACAUCUCGAGGAUACUCCAAGUCAGCAAUGGUUGUGUCUCCAAGAUACUCGGAAGGUAUUACGAAACGGGCUCGAUACGACCGAGGGCAAUAGGUGGUAGUAAGCCCCGAGUAGCAACAGCCGAAGUAGUUGGUAAAAUUUCCAUGUACAAGAGUGAAUGUCCAUCGAUAUUCGCAUGGGAAAUACGUGACCGACUCCUCCAAGAGGGCGUAUGCACCAACGACAACAUACCGAGUGUGUCGUCCAUCAACAGGGUACUGAGAAAUCUAGCUGCCCAGAAAGAGCAGCGACAACAGCACCAGCAGCAGCACAAUCCCCAGCAGCAACAGGGGGUUGGAGUUGGUGCUGGAAGUCCUUCUGAUAGUGUUUAUGAUAAGCUGAGGCUGCUUAAUGGACAAACCACUGGAUGGCCAAGGCCCAAUCCCUGGUAUCCAACUGGCGCUGGAAGUCCUUUUCCAUCUCUCCAACCUUCGCUGAGUCCAAGUCACUGUACAGCAUUGCCACCGGAUCCAUCGGACAUUUUGCACGCGAAAAAAGUGGCGGAGUUGGAAGGCGGUGCUCACUCAGACGAAACCAACAGCGGUGGUGAUAACAGCAAUGCCGGUAGUGUAUCCGGUGGUGGUGAUGAUGAUCAAGCUAGACUCAGAUUAAAACGCAAACUCCAGCGAAAUCGUACGAGUUUUACCAACGAGCAGAUCGACGCCCUAGAGAAAGAAUUCGAGAGAACGCACUAUCCGGAUGUCUUCGCCAGGGAGAGAUUAGCUGGAAAAAUUGGCCUCCCCGAGGCGCGAAUACAGGUAUGGUUUUCGAAUCGACGCGCAAAGUGGCGACGAGAGGAGAAACUCAGGACACAGAGGAGGGACAACGGUGGACAACAAUCGAGUCAGCAGCAACAGCCAUCUCAACAGCAACCACAGCACACUGGUGGUGUUAGUCUUGGACAUCCAACACCACCACCAUCGAUUCUCGGUGGUCAAGCACCUCCACAGGGGCCACCUUCACCACCAAGAAUUCAUCAUGGAUUCGCUCCCACCGCUGUUUACCCGGGGAUUCCCAGCAUGCCAGAUUCCUACAGUCCCAUGACGUCGAUGCCGAGCUUCACGAUGUCCGGACAGCAGAGCCAGCAACACACCACCAGCAUGUCCUCCCUGUCGUCGGGUGGAAUGGGUCCAAUGGGAAUGACAGUGGGUAUGACAGUGGGACCGAGUCCAGCUGCGUGUCUUCAUCAACGUGACAACGGCUACUCUUGCGGUGUUGCACGACCCCCCAGCUACGAACCCCUGCAUCUUGGCUACGGUGGACGUCCAUCAUGCAGUCCAACUCAACCCUAUCACACCACUGGCUUGAAUCAAUACAAUCAGAAUGCCAGCUCGACUGGAUUGAUAUCACCAGGGGUGAGUGUACCAAUAGCUGUGCCAGGUCAACCAGCACCGGAUAUGGCAGCCCAGUACUGGUCCCCGAGGUUGCAGUGACCGUGGUGAUCGUCCACGUCGACGUCAUAACCAACACCCACCAAAUGAUAAAAAGGUCCUCGUGUGUCGAUCUCUAUCACCUGUACUGCCACCCUCGAUUAUAAAAAUGAAAAUAUACAAAAAAUCGUCUCUUAAGCGUCAAGUCAUGAGAGCAUCGUUAAGUUUGUUAUCACAAGAAUCAUUUAGUAAAUAAUAAUUUCACUCGUAGAUAAACCUGGAGGUAGGUAAAUCAAAGAAUUAUUCGAAAUGAAGAGAACUUAGGUGUUAAGUCGAUAUUAGUACUAUUUAUAUAUUCGUGUAACGAGAGAAAGUGAUGAGAAAAUUGAAGGAAAUCGGUCGGUGAAUGUCGUGUGUGCACAUCCUCAAUUUUUCCACGUCUCUUUUUUCAUUGCACAUGGCGAAUUAUUUGUUGGAAAAUUUACCCGGUUUUUUAGUAAUUAACUUGCAAUAACAAACGAAAAAUCUGAUAAUCUCCACUAGACUCAUUAUUUUUCAAUUAAAAUAUGAGGGUAAAAAUUACCACAGAUCACAAUAAGUUGACCUAUAAAUUCCUCACCACGCACUUAAUUACGAGAAUGACAGGAUAAAGAUGGCAAGCCAAUUUGAUUGAACGCCGAUUCGCUAUUAUAUAAAUAAUUACAUGUCUCUAUUGUAUAUGAUCACCCGUGAGUUUGAAUUAAUUGUGGAAUAAAAAAGGUGGAGAGAAUAAAAAUCAAGAGAAUGAAGGAGAAAAAAUUAUAAAUAAAUUGACCGAAUUGUGAUUUCUCUUUUAGGCCAGACUAAUGUUUUAAGCGUACAAUUAUACGAUUCUAAAUAAAAUAUAGAUAGCGUGUGCUUUAAUCAGAGUUAAAGAGAACCCUUCUUCACCGUCCUUUACUGUCCAGUGAGUGAUCCCUCGUGCAAGAUGCGAAAAUAAAACUAGUGAUUAAGUAAAUAAAACUUACCUUUGAGUUUCUCAGAUAAAUGAGGAAUCAUGUAUCAUAGACAUCUAAAGAAAUAUCAUUGAAAAAUGUAACAAUCUUAUAUUUCAUUGAACAAUAAUUCCCCGUUAAAUCACUCUGAAUUGUUCUCAAUGUCUCCUGUGACGCCAGCAGUUCCAGAUCAUCCACUGAAUCUCAAUUUUCUUUCAAGGCAAUUGUUCAUAUGUGAGAGACUAAAUCUAAGAAUUGAAUUGCAUUAAAUUUAUUACACAACUAAGUCUAAUUUUUCUUUUAUUCAAUUGUUGCAUUUUCCGAAUACUUGAAAGAGCGUCCGCA